GAAAAAAUCGGGAUAGUGGGCCGAACGGGUGCCGGGAAGUCCUCGCUCUUCGUCGGGCUCCUACGUUUGGUGGAGUUGGAAGGGGGCAGUAUCGAGAUCGACGGCGUGGACAUCUCCAAAGUGGGCCUGGCAACCUUGCGAAGCGCUGUCUCAGUGAUUCCACAGGACCCUGUUCUCUUCUCGGGGAGCAUUCGGAGCAACCUGGAUCCGUUCCAGACUUACGACGACGCCACCCUCUGGUCCGCGCUCCGCAAGGCGUCUUUGGAAGCCGCUUUCCGCACGUCACCACUGGGUCUAGAUCAACCCGUGUCCGAGUACGGCGAGAACCUCUCCUCAGGACAGCGGCAGCUUUUGUGCCUGGCACGAGCCUUGCUGCGAAAGCCCCGUAUAUUGUUGCUUGAUGAAGCCACGUCC